CAGUAUGUAUGAGUCGGAGCCAUUGCCAGUGAAGAAGAGUUCACACUGUGUAAAAAAACCAAAGGAAAAUCCGGUGGUACAAAAUGAGCAUAUUUGCUCUCUAAUUUGACAUUCGGCAGUAUUCAUAUUUAUUGUCAAAGAAAAUGUGUAAAAUUCAAAUGCUGAGGACGUUGGUGGAGCAGCGGUUGACAAUGGCCGCCGACGAGAUAUUCGUGCUGUUCGAACGAGCCCUUGCAGAAUACGACGAGGAACUUUCUCGAAGAAUGCAAGAGUACGAACGUCAACUGCAACCACAAGACGUUGCUGCUAAUGAGCCCCCGGAUGUUAAGGAGGAAGAGGAGGAAGUGUGGACCACCGGUCGAGAAGAGAUCCCGCUGACUCUUGUCCUCGUCAAAAGUGAAGACGUCGACGCGACGGCGAGUGCCGACCGAGGCUCGCAACCGAGCACCGUCUCCAUGUCGGAGACUUCUGCGACUAAAGAAGCGUUGAAGACUGUAACGGGCAAGAGGUUUAAAAAAUCACGCGCCCGACCGUUCGACUGCGACGUCUGCCACAAAAGCUUCACGAGGAAGGUCAAUUUGAGCCGGCACAUGCGCAGCCACACGGGCGACAAACCCUCAGGGCGGAAAACAUUCAAGCGGAGGGUCAACUCGACGGGCGAGAAGCCGUUCGCCUGCGCCUUGUGCGGCAAGGGCUUCACGCAGAACGGCAACCUUCUGCGGCACGCGCGGACCCACAGCGCCGACAAACCCUACCGCUGCGACGUGUGCGGCAGGAGGUUCUCGGACAAGCGUUACAUCGGGGUGCACAUGAGGACGCACACGGGCGAGAAGCCCUUCCCGUGCUCGGUGUGCGGCCGCAAGUUCUCGGACAAGAGACACGUGCUCAGACACAUGAGCAUGCACACCGGGGGACGGGAAGCAGGAAGCGCUGAGAACUCUGCGUUGAUUACAAUUACCAUGAGUCGUGCGGCUGAAAACAACUCGACAGGAUAAUAUGAUAAUAUACAUGCGUCUGAAUUAAUAAUAUAUACUAUAUGGAUGUGACUUACCUGCUUGUGAUGUUAAUGCUUCAUCUGACACACUGUUUCCUCUUGACUGUGUUAAAUAAUAAUAUACAAUGUGUAAAUGUCUUUGUUUUGUUUAAACUCAACUCAGAAUGGCAAUAAAUGGCUUUUUUUGUUAUUA